AUGGGCGACGCUUUUGCACCGCGCUCUAUGAAGCGCAAGAACGUCAAAGGCCUGGCCUUGACCCCUGCUGCGCCGAAACCCCCGCCAACAGCCGAGACUAGCAGAUUCGCCGGCGGUUUUAUCACAAGAGACGACAGCAAACAGGAAGAGCAACUGGAAAUCGGCAUCGAAUACAAGUUGGAUCUGCGCCCCGAGGACCUUGAGAUCGUUAAGGAGCUGGGAUCUGGAAAUGGUGGUACUGUCAGCAAGGUCAAGCAUGUCCAGACCGGUACCGUGAUGGCUCGCAAGCGCUCCCAGGUCAUUCAUGUCGAAGCGAAACGAGAAAUACGCAAGCGUAUCGUUCGAGAACUCCAGAUUAUGCAUGGUUGUCAUUCCGAGUACAUUGUUAACUUCUACGGUGCUUUCUUGAACCAUAAUAACGACGUUAUAAUGUGUAUGGAAUACAUGGAUGUGGGGGCUCUUGAUCGAGUAUCUCGAGUGUUCGGCCCAGUCCGUGUGGAUGUAUUGGGGAAAAUCGCCGUGGCAACACUGGGGGGCCUCACAUACCUUUACGAAAAGCAUCACAUCAUGCAUCGAGAUAUCAAGCCGUCCAAUAUCCUAGUCAACUCGCAGGGCUCCAUCAAGCUGUGCGAUUUUGGCGUGUCUGGCGAGCUCGUCAACUCAAUCGCCGAUACGUUCGUUGGUACAUCAACAUACAUGGCCCCGGAGCGUAUUCAGGGCGAGAAGUACACCGUCAAGUCAGAUGUCUGGAGUUUUGGUCUCUCCAUCAUGGAGCUGGCCAUCGGUAAAUUCCCUUUCGCCGCCAGCGAACAGCUUUCGGAUGGAGAUGGCGCCCCGGCCGGCAUUCUGGAUUUGCUGCAACAGAUUGUUCACGAGCCAGCGCCCCAGCUCCCCAAGAGCGAUGCUUUCCCCAGCGUCUUGGACGAUAUGAUUCAGAAAUGUCUCUACAAGGAACCGGAGCGACGGCCUACUCCUCAAGAAUUAUUCGACCGUGAUGCUUUUGUCCAGGCAGGUAAAAGGACUCCGGUUGAUCUCAGGGAAUGGGCAGUGGGUAUGAUGGAACGUGAUAACCGCAAGUCUCAUCUCGCUCCUCAGCUCUCACCAUCAACACAGGACCUGCUUCGGUCGAGUGAUUCUCCUCCUUCUCAAUUCGCAGGAGAGGAACGAGCUUUGCACACACCUACGUCUGGAGAGAUUCCCAUCUCUGGAAGCGGCAUUGUCUCGCCUCGGGAACACAACGGCUCAAGCACUGCCGGUGGCCGAACACCAUCGGGUCAUCCUGGUCUCACCCCAAGAGCACCUGGAGGAUAUGGUGACAGCGCUGGACUUGGUGUAUCAAACGGGAACACUUUUAGCCUGCCUGUCCGACCAGCCCCCUCUGGACCUCUACCACCGCCUCCCCCGCGAAAAUCGACGCCUGAGGAGCAGCGAAGAGACAACCGAAGGCACGGCCUGCCCUAUGGCUCUUGA